AGGCUUUGGGAUAUUGUCCCGCCCCUGCGAGUUAAACCCUCCCUCCUCUCGUGCCUCCCAGAACCUUCCAGGCUGAAACUGUCCAUCUCACUGUCAAAAUGAUGGGCCAACAGGUUUUAGUGCUCAACCACAACAUGAAGAGAGAGUCAGGACGUAAAGUUCAGACUGGAAACAUCAACGCUGCCAAGACCAUCGCUGAUGUGAUCAGGACCUGCCUGGGCCCCCGGGCCAUGAUGAAGAUGUUACUCGACCCUAUGGGAGGAAUUGUGAUGACCAAUGAUGGAAACGCCAUCCUGAGAGAGAUCCAGGUCCAGCAUCCUGCAGCCAAGUCAAUGAUCGAGAUUAGCCGCACACAGGACGAAGAGGUGGGAGACGGGACCACGUCAGUCAUCAUCCUGGCCGGGGAAAUGCUCUCUGUAGCCGAGCAGUUCCUGGAGCAGCAGAUGCACCCCACGGUGGUGAUCAGUGCCUACAGACAAGCCCUGGAGGACAUGCUGGAGACGCUGAAGGACAUCAGCACCCCCGUUGACACGUCGGACCGCUCCAUGAUGCUGAAGAUUGUCCACUCUGCCAUCAACACCAAAGCGCUGAGUCGCUGGUCUGAGAUGGCGUGUGCCAUCGCUCUGGACGCCGUGCGUACGGUGGAGAUGGAAGACAACGGACGCAAGGAGAUCGACAUCAAGAAGUACGCCAAAGUGGAGAAGGUGCCCGGAGGGAUCAUCGAGGACUCGUAUGUUCUGAGAGGAGUGAUGGUGAACAAAGAUGUCACUCACCCGAGGAUGAGGCGCCUCAUUAAAGAGCCCCGGAUCAUCCUGCUGGACUGCUCUCUGGAGUACAAGAAGGGGGAGAGCCAGACUGACAUAGAGAUCAGCAAGGAGGAGGACUUUGCCAGAAUCCUGCAGAUGGAGGAAGAAUACAUCCAACACAUCUGUGAGGACAUCAUCCGCCUGAAACCAGACCUGGUGUUCACAGAGAAGGGGGUCUCAGAUUUGGCUCAGCAUUACCUGAUGAAGGCAAACAUCACCGCCAUCCGUCGAGUGAGGAAGACUGACAACAACCGCAUCGCCAGGGCGUGCGGCGCUCGUAUUGCAAGCCGGACGGAUGAGCUUCGUGAGGAAGACGUUGGUACGGGGGCGGGGCUGUUUGAGGUGAAGAAGAUCGGCGAUGAAUACUUCACCUUCGUCACAGAGUGUAAAGAUCCCAAAGCCUGCACCAUCCUGCUGAGAGGAGCCAGCAAAGAGAUCCUUGCUGAGGUGGAAAGGAACCUUCAGGACGCCAUGCAGGUGUGUCGUAAUGUUCUGUUGGAGCCCAGUCUGUUGCCCGGGGGCGGAGCCAUAGAGAUGGCGGUGUCUAAGCGCCUGAUGGAGCGCUCACGCGCUCUGACCGGCAUCGAGCAGUGGCCGUACCGCGCCGUGGCCCAGGCCCUGGAGGUCAUCCCCAGAACCCUGAUCCAGAACUGUGGAGCCUCCACCAUCCGAGUGCUGACAUCACUGAGGGCCAAGCACACUCAGGAGAACAGCGUGAACUGGGGUGUGGAUGGUGAGACAGGCUGUCUGUCUGACAUGAUGGCUCUGGGCAUCUGGGAGCCGCUGGCCGUCAAAGCUCAGACCUACAAGACGGCAAUGGAGACGGCCAUCUUGUUGCUGCGAAUCGAUGACAUCGUCUCCGGUCACAAGAAGAAAGACAAAGACGGUCAGAUGGGAGGACAAGGAGCCGAAUAGAUCCACGUCAACAUCAGAGCAACUCCAACCGCCUUUCUGUGGACCAGAUGACUCAAUGAAACUCAAUAAAGUUGAUAAAGUUCAA